CACGUGUUCUCUGAAUUCUCGCGAUAAUCGAGCGGUCAACUGUCUGUAAGGAAGAAUGGCCGCCCUGGUCGCAAUGGCUACACUGGAGCGCAAUACCAGAGGCGAACCAGGGUGCUUCAGCUGACCGGGAAGAACGCGCAUUACCGGGCACUGAUCUCACCCGGUGUUCGGAACGGAUGGGCAGAGGGGGGGCUCGCCAAAGUUCACACGAAACGAAAGAGACUCGGCGGGACCGGGGGUGGCGAGCUAACGCUACCACGGAGGCUAGUGCUAGCUGGCUAACAACACGGUUGUCACUGCCGGGCGGAGGGUGGGGGAGCGAACCCAGAGGAUCCGUGACAAGCGGGUGACGACCGGGUGACACUUACCGGGACAAGUCGGUAACAUGAGUGGACCGGGACAGGACAGCGAACCGGAGGCGAAAGUGCUUCUCAUCAAGCGGCUUUACAGAGCGGUGGUCGAGUCUGUGCACAAACUUGACGUCAUCAUCGGUAGCAAGGCGUCCUUCAGGGAGGUCUUCAAGCCGGAGAACAUCAGCCUCCGCAACAAGCUGAGGGAGCUCUGUGUGAAACUGAUGUUCCUGCACCCUGUGGACUACGGCCGCAAGGCCGAGGAGCUGCUGUGGAGGAAGGUCUACUAUGAGGUCAUCCAGGUCAUCAAGACCAACAAGAAGCACAUCCACAGCCGCAGCGUCCUGGAGUGCGCCUACAGGACCCAUCUGAUUGCCGGGGUGGGCUUCUACCAGCACCUGCUGCUGUACAUACAGUCCCACUACCAGCUGGAGCUGCAGAACUGCAUCGACUGGACCCACGUCACUGACCCGCUCAUCGGCCGAAAGAAGGCGGUGUCGGCCUCCCCCAAGGAGAUGGAGUGGGCGCAGAUGGCCUGUCAUCGCUGCCUCGUCUACCUCGGAGAUCUCGCUCGCUACCAGAACGAGCUCGCCGGGGUGGAGGCGGAGCAUCUGGCAGAGAGGUUCUACCAUCAGGCGCUGUCCGUCAUGCCGCACGUAGGGAUGCCUUUUAACCAGCUGGGCACUCUGGCGGGAAGCAAAUUCUACAAUGUAGAAGCAACUUAUUACUAUCUACGCUGUAUCCAAUCGGAGACCCCCUUCGAAGGUGCCUAUGGCAACCUGAAGCGCCUCUUUGACAAAGCGGCCAAGAUGUACCACCAAGUGAAGAAGCAGGAAAUGAAGAAGCUGUCGCCAUCCCGACAGAGGUCCAGAGACAUCAAGCGCGUCCUGGUGAGCUUCAUGUACCUGCAGAGUCUACUGCAGCCCAAGAACAGCUUGAUGGAGGCAGAGCUGACCUCGCUGUGCCAGUCUGUGCUGGAGGACUUCAACCUGGUGCUCUUCUACCUGCCGCCGCCGCUGGCGCACACCCACUGUGGCGCCCACCACUCCCUCAGCGAGGAGGAUGAGGAGCAGCAGCACACCGACGGCUCCUGCACCGUGCUGCCCGACACACUGGUUUUCAAGAUGGUGGUCACAUGCUUGAUGGUGGUGCACAGCCUGAAGAGAGGAGGAUCAAAGCAGUAUAGCGCAUCCAUCGCUUUUACGCUGGCCCUGUUCUCCCAUCUGAUCAACCAUGUGAACAUCAGACUGCAAGCUGAACUGGAGGAAGGGGAGAGCCAGGUGCCACCACUGAACACAGACGCUGCUGAUGACUUUGAGACGAGGGAUGCUCUGCCUACAGACGGUCCUGAGGAGAGGCCUCUGCAGAACGGAUCCCUGGAGCGAGAGGAUGAAGAGGAGAAAAAUGAAGUCGGCCCCAAGAAGAAAAGUGGUGUGGAAGUCGAGGAAAAACAGAAGCAGAAAAAGAAGUACACCCGCCUCUCUCGACUCCGCCGACGGCGCUGCACCCGCAAGGACCGGCGAGAAGACGAGGAUGAGAGCGACCUGAGCGAAGGCUUUGAGAGCGAAGACGAGGAAGAAGACGAGGAGGAGGAGACGCUGGCAACGAGAGAUCGAAGCGCUGCUUCAGCUGGGUGCCCGUCGCCCGGAGUGCCGCCCGAUCAGUCCACUCUCGGUAAAGAACUGAAGAACAACCCACUGGGCGGAGAAGGUUGCUGGGGGAGCGGCUCUGAGGAAGAGGAGGAAGGCGGGACGGCUUUUGACGUGGAGACGGACUCCGACAUGAACAGCCAGGAAUCGCGCUCAGACCUGGAGGACAUGGACGACGCAGAGAACUGCGACAACUGCGCAGCGGAACGCAAAGAUGAAGAAGAGGAUGAAGAACAUCCCAAGGAGGAGGGCGGCAACGGGGGCGGGGACACGCCGCCCACCGCUAACGGGCCCCUGGCGGCAAACGAGGCCAGCAUCAGCAGCAACCUCCAGGCAAUGUCCUCUCAGCUUUUUCAGGCAAAGCGCUGCUUCCGCCUGGCUCCGACUUUCAGCAACAUGCUGCUCAAGCCUCAAGCUGCUUCCAGUGGGCCCACCCCCACUGACGACUCCACGCCACCUUCCCAGGAGACCCCAAUCACCACCAGCGACUCGCCCUGCGACGUGAACCAGACCACACCCAAUGGGACCAAUGAAAAUGACCUGGACUCGGAUUCAGAGGGCAGCCAGCACAGCGCUCAUUUUGUGCACAGUGAGAAGACGCUGCUGGAGAAGCUGGAGAUCCUGACCAAUCAGGGCUUAAUCCAGGUGGUGAAGGUCUUCAUCGACUGGCUCAGAACAAACACGGACAUCAUCCUCAUGUGUGCACAGAGUUCUCAGAGCCUCUGGAACCGCCUGUCUGUGCUCCUCAAUCUUCUACCCGAUGGCAGCAGGAUGCUGGAGGCCGAGGUCGACCUCAACCCGGAGGUGACGGAACUGCUCAACGAGUGCGAGCGGCCCGCUCUGGUCCAGACUCUGCUACUGCCCGAGGACGUGGCCCUGCGACACUUACCUGCUCUCGCCGUCGCUCACCGCCGCCUGGACUUUGCUCCCCACAGCGUCUCCCUCGGUCCGCUUCAGGAGUGCAUCGUGCGAGUGUGUUGCAUUCGCAGUUUUGGCCAUUUCCUUACCAGUCUCCAGGGCAACGUGCUGCACUUCAACCCGGAGGCGGGCAUUUUCACCAGCGUCACUCAGUCGCAGCCCGACAAUCUGGUGCUGCAGGCUAAGGCCCAGUUCCGAAUGGCUGAAGAGGAGGCCCGUAGGAAUCGACUGAUGCGGGACAUGGCCCAGCUUCGACUCCAGUUGGAGGUGUCGCAGCUCGAGGGCAGUCUCCAGCAGCCCAAGGCCCAGUCCUCCAUGUCCCCUUACCUGGUGCCCGACACGGCUGCUCUGUGCCAGAAUCUGAGCGUCAUCCGGCAUCUGGCGGGCAGCGGGUGCUUCAUCAUUAUCAUCCCAAGAACAGUGAUCGAUGGACUGGACCGACUGAAGAAGGAGAAUGCCGGCGCGCGUGACAGCAUCCGCUUCUUGGAGUCUGAGUUCCGUAAAGGCAACAGGUACAUCCGCUGCCAGAAGGAGUCGGGUCGAAGUUUUGAAAGGGAUAAACUGAAACGCCAGGACAUCGACGCCUGGCACCUGUACAAGAUGGUGGACAGCUGUCGUCAGUUGACCGUGUCCCAGAGCAACGGAGACGACGACACGGCCGGCAUGGUGACGCUCCUCACCGGCCAUCAAGUGGACGAGCUUUGCGAUCGCUCCACGGCAAUGAAGUCGGCUGUCCAGGCAGCCAGCUCGGCAGGCAUGGAGCUGAAGAACAUCGCCGAGUUCUACCGCCAGUGGAAGGAGAUCGGCUGAGGGGCGAAAACGGGGGGCAGCUGUCGGUGCUGCGAACAUCUGAUCGAUCACAACACUCGCUCCCUCUCUCUUUCCCUCUCUUUCUCUCUCUCUCUAUCUCUCUCUCUCUCUCUCUCCCACUCUUUUGCUCUGUGUGUAUCUGCGUCUCCAAAGGCAAAACAACAACUGAACAUGAAGAUGAACAUGAUCGAUGGAAAGAGUUCAAGAUUAGAGAGUCGGUGGAGGAUUAAGAAAAAAAUACGACAAGAGGAGCGUUAAAGAGCGCGAGCCCUAGUGGUCACGGUGAGGGGAGCGUUGGGGCGGGGGGAACGCCACACAAACUCGGUGGUGCUCCGGUUCAGUCCCGACCAGGCAGGCACUGGACAUGUUAGCAAACUAUCCAUGAUGUGGAGAGAGAAGCCGCACACACACUCACAUGUUCACAUUUAGGUGUUUUGAGCAGUGCUUUCCCGCUGUCCCUGCAUGUUCUUUUUUUUUGUUUUUCUUUCUUUUUGACAAAGUCUAGCGGGGUGAGCGUGAUGACAACCUUUCAGAGAGAGAAAACCAGAACCCAUCCACAAACAAGCAGGCUGUGGUGCAACCACAAAGGCCUCCAGGAAGGGUUAUUCCAGAGCUACAUGUUUCUCCUCUUUUUUUUUUUUUUUGCAGUUUUGAACGUUUAAGACGUUUUCAUUUGGAUUUUUAAUUUUUCUACCCAAACAACAACCCAAACUUUUCACGUUGCUGUUUUUUUUUUGUUGCGCUUAGUCUUUAAGCCUGGAUGCAUUAUGCAGGAACGCGUAAGGGAAAGGCUGGAGCCACUUACUCAUUUAUCAAGGUGUCACAUUUACAAGAGAAAGGGCGGCAGGGGUGGGCCGACUCCUCCUCUGUGGAAUGUGGGUUAUGUUCGGACCACCCCUCAAAAAAAAAAAAUAAUAAAACGCAUCCCAUAUGUACAUCACUGUCUCCAUAGUGAGUGCCCCAUCCCAUCAUGCACUGUGCAAAAAGAAAACAUACAGCAUAUGUGUGCCCAUGCAUUGAACAA